GGGGGCGGGGGCUCGCUGGAUACCCGGGCGCCGGUGGCGCGCAGCCUCCCUCCGCCUCGGGCCCCGGGGCCACCCCGCGGCGGCCCUCGCGUCGCCUCCGCCGCCCGCCGGCCGGUCAGCGCGCUGGGCCCGGUUUCCGCCGCGUCCCCCCGGACCACUUAGUCUCAACCGGGUGUGGUUUCCACCGCUGGAGAAUGAAACAUGACUGAGGACUCUCAGAGAAACUUCCGUUCAGUGUAUUAUGAGAAAGUGGGGUUUCGUGGAGUGGAAGAAAAGAAAUCAUUGGAGAUUCUACUAAAAGAUGACCGGCUGGAUAUCGAGAAGCUUUGUACUUUCAGUCAGAGAUUCCCUCUCCCGUCCAUGUACCGUGCGUUGGUGUGGAAGGUGCUUCUAGGGAUCCUGCCUCCCCACCACGAGUCCCACGCCCAGGUGAUGCUGUGGCGCAAGGAGCAGUACGGUGACAUCCUCCACGCCCUGAAAGUCGUUCGCUUUGUCAGUGAGGCCACGCCUCAGGUUGAAGUCUAUCUCCGCAUGUACCAGCUGGAGUGUGGGAAGUUGCCUCGAAGUCCUUCCUUUCCACUGGAGCCAGAAGAUGAAGUCUUUCUUGCCAUUGCCAAAGCUGUGGAAGAGAUGGUAGAGGACAGUGUCGACUGUUACUGGAUCAUCCGAUGCUUCGUGAACCAGUUAAAUAACAAGUACCGGGAGUCUUUACCCCAGCUGCCAAAGGCUUUUGAACAAUACCUGAAUCUGGAAGAUAGCCGACUGCUGAGUCAUCUGAAGACGUGUUCUGCCCUGUGCAAACUUCCUUACGAUCUCUGGUUCAAGAGGUGCUUCGCAGGGUGCUUGCCUGAGUCCAGUUUACAGAGGGUUUGGGAUAAAGUUAUAAGUGGAUCCUGUAAGAUCUUAGUUUUUGUAGCUGUGGAGAUUUUAUUAACCUUUAAAAUAAAAGUAAUGGCUCUGAACAGUGCGGAGAAGAUAACAAAGUUUCUGGAAAAUAUUCCCCAGGACAGCUCGGACGCGAUCGUGAGCAAGGCCAUCGACCUGUGGCACAAGCACUGCGGGACGCCGGUACACUCCGCCUGACGGCUGGCACCAUGCGCCCGGCCCGCCGGGCGCGCCCUGCGCAGCGUGCUCCCGGGACACGGGCUGCUGACCGCAGCGAGAACCGCCUUCUUGCGCCGGCGCUUGAAGCCCGCUUUUCCCAAUAAACUGAUUGACCGCACCCGGUGCCGUUGUGCUGCGGGGCAGCAUCUUUUGGUUGCGCAGGAGCGCAGAGUUCAGCUCUGAACAGCGUCUUGAAGGGGUUGUUCGAAAAUGCGUCCCGGUUUGCAAAGCAGCUGAGCCUGGGUGGAGACACCGCCCACGACGGUACCCGCCCGCCCCGCCACCGGCUCCUCAGCAGUGUGCUCGGUCCUUCCUGAGGCCUAGUUCUGGAAUAAAGAACAACCUCUGUUGAUAGUUCA